UUCAGCAAGUGUUUUAUACAUGGAUUAGAAAAUUGAUAAUCAAUUGUGGAAUUACUUUAUGUGCUCGUUAGGAGAAAUAAGCUGAGGAAAAAUUGCUCCUGCUCCAUAUCCAGAACAGUGUUCAUAUGACCCCAGGUCGGCGCUGAACAAAGCAACAGAAUGUCUUCGAAAGCCAUACACGAGGCCACAGGCAAGGAUUUGAUUAACAGGCACAUAGCCCCCGGCACGGCGCUAGUGCCAUGCCGGUUCGCCGUGUUCGAGCAGGGCACGGUCUGGGAGGACGAGCUCGGCAAAAACCCAUGGCUCACUAAAGAGCAACUGGUGGUGAAACCGGACCAGCUGAUUAAGCGGCGCGGCAAGCUCGGUCUGGUGGGCGUGAACAAGAGCGCCGCCGACGUCCGGCGCUGGCUGAGCGAGCACAGCGGCAAGCAGCAGCAGGUCGGCGCGGCCACCGGCACGCUGAGGAGGUUCAUAGUGGAGCCCUUCGUCAGGCAUGACGGGAACGAGGAGAUGUACCUGUGCCUGAUGUCGGGCCGGCGGUCGGACACCAUUAUGUUCCACCACCAGGGCGGCGUCGACGUCGGCGAUGUCGACGCGCUAGCCGUCAGACUAGAGGUGCCAGUAGACACAUUCCCCACGGGCGAGGAGGUGGACAGAGUUCUACUGAAGAACAUCAAGUCCGCCACCACCAGACGGAUAAUGGCGACCUUCAUCCUCUCCCUCUACCGAGUGUACGUGGACCUCCACUUCACGUACAUGGAGAUCAACCCUGUGGUGGUGACCGGGGAGCGGGUAUACCUGCUGGACCUGGCAGCCAAACUCGACCAGACCGCUGACUUCAUCUGCGCGAAGGCCUGGGGCGAGGUGACCUUCCCCCCGCCGUUCGGACGAGACGCGUACCCCGAGGAGGCGCAUAUCGCGGAUUUGGACGCGAAGAGUGGAGCUAGCUUGAAGCUGACGGUGCUCAACAAGGCGGGUCGCAUCUGGACGAUGGUGGCGGGCGGCGGCGCGUCCGUCGUCUACACCGACACCGUCUGCGCGCUGGGUGGUGCUGCGGAGCUGGCGAACUACGGUGAAUACAGCGGCGCCCCCACCGAGAGUCAGACGGCCGACUACGCCAAGACAAUAUUCAGCCUCAUGUGCCGCGACAAACAUCCUAACGGCAAGGUGCUGAUAAUCGGCGGCGGUAUCGCGAACUUCACGAACGUAGCGGACACGUUCCGCGGCAUCAUCACCGCCAUCGAGACGUACCGCGACGCGCUGCUGCAGUACAACGUCACCAUCUUCGUGCGCCGUGGCGGGCCCAACUACCAGGAGGGGCUCAGACAAAUGCGUGAAGUCGGCCAACGAUUGCGCAUUCCGAUGUACGUGUUCGGUCCGGAGGCGAACAUGACCGCGAUCGUGGGGCUCGCGCUCGGCGCCGCCCCCAUCCCGCCCGACCACCAGCUCGACUACGCCCCCAAACAGCUGCCCCGCCCACAGCAAUCUACGCCGCCAAAAGUGGAUAUAGCUGAUCUGCCGCCGGCGCUCCUGGAUAUCAUCUGCUCGCAGGCGCCGACGCGCAUGGACCUCGGCCAGCAGCUGUCCACCGCCAGGCCGCUGUUCUCCGACAGGACUAAGGCCAUCGUGUGGGGCAUGCAAAAUAGGGCUAUACAGGGCAUGUUGGACUUCGACUACAUCUGCCGUCGCGCGGAGCCGUCCGUCGUCGCCAUCGUGUACCCGUUCACCGCCGACCACAAACAGAAGUACUACUUCGGCAACAAGGAGGUCUUCAUACCCGUGUUCAGCGACAUGGACGUGGCGAUGCGCAAGCACCAGGAGGCGACAGUGCUCGUCAACUUCGCCUCGCUGCGGUCCGCAUACGAUAGCACCAUUCAGGCGAUGCAGCACCCGCAGAUCAACACGGUGGUGAUCAUCGCCGAGGGAAUCCCCGAGAACAUGACCAGGAAGAUCAUCAAGCUCGCCGACUCGCGCGGGGUGAACAUAAUCGGUCCGGCGACGGUGGGCGGCAUCAAGCCGGGCUGCUUCAAGAUCGGCAACACCGCCGGCAUGAUCGACAACAUCAUCGAGAGCAAGCUCUACAGACCCGGCAGCGUGGCGUACGUGUCCCGUUCGGGCGGCAUGAGUAACGAGCUGAACAACAUCCUGGCGAAGCACGCGGACGGCGUCGUGGAGGGCGUCGCCAUCGGCGGUGACCGUUACCCUGGGACCACCUUCAUCGACCAUCUGCUCAGGUUCGAAGCGGACCCCAACGUGAAGAUGCUGGUGCUGCUGGGCGAGGUGGGCGGCGUGGAGGAGUACCACGUGUGCCGCGCCAUCCGCGACCGCCUCAUCACCAAGCCCAUAGUCGCCUGGUGCAUCGGCACGUGCUCAGACAUGUUCACGUCGGAGGUGCAGUUCGGUCACGCGGGGUCGCUGGCGGGGUCGGCGCGCGAGGCCGCCGCCGCCAAGAACAAGGCGCUGGCGGACUACGGCGCCGUCGUGCCCGAGAGCUUCGACAGCCUGGGCGCUGCUGUCAACAAGGUUUACAAGAAGCUGGUGGCGGAAGGCAAGAUCAUCGUGAAGGAGGAGGUGGAACCGCCCAAGGUGCCCAUGGACUACGACUGGGCGAGGAAACUGGGCAUCAUCCGCAAGCCGGCGGCGUUCAUCAGCACGAUCUGCGACGAGCGCGGGCAGGAGCUGAGCUACUGCGGCGUGCCCAUCAGCAAGGUGCUCGAGCGGCAGAUGGGCAUCGGCGGCACCAUCAGCCUGCUGUGGUUCCAACGUGAGCUUCCCGAAUGGGCGGCGAAGUUCCUGGAGCUGGUGAUAGUGGUGACGGCGGACCACGGGCCGGCGGUGUCCGGCGCACACAACACGAUGGUCGCCGCGCGCGCCGGCAAGGACCUCAUCUCGUCAGUCGUCAGCGGCAUGUUGACUAUUGGUGACCGUUUCGGCGGCGCGCUGGACCGCGCGGCGCAGGACUUCUGCGCGGCGUACGACCGCGGCCAGCACCCGCAGGAGUUCGUCAACGAGAAACGCGCCAAGGGCGAGCUCAUCAUGGGCAUCGGACACAGGGUAAAAUCGGUGAACAACCCCGACUCGCGCGUGCGCGAGCUGAAGGCGUACGUGACGGCGCGCUGGCCGGCGUGGCCGGUGACGCGGUACGCGCUCGACGUGGAGGCGAUCACCACGCGCAAGAAGCCCAACCUCAUCCUCAACGUCGACGGCAUCGUCGCCGCCGCCAUGGUCGACAUGUUCCGACACUGUCAGCUGUUCACACAGGAGGAGGGCAACAACUACAUCAACAUGGGGUCCAUCAACGCGCUGUUCGUGCUUGGCCGCACCAUCGGCCUGGUGGGACACUUCCUCGACCAGAAGCGGCUCAAGCAGCCCCUCUACCGCCACCCCUGGGACGACAUCACCUACAUGUCACCACUCAACUAAAUCUGCAUCAGCCGGAUAAAACGCUUCCGAAAACUCUAAACAUGUGUCUGUCUACAUGUUUAAAGUGUGACUGCUUUCUUAAGGAGACUAUAAUUUUCGCUUGUCUAUGUAAAAUCGAUGUUAAGAAAACGAGGAUUCGCGAAAGAUGAGUAAUUACUAUUUAGUCAAAUUGUAUUCAAUAGUUUGAACAAGGAAGUUAUGUAUCAAAAAUGUGUGGGAUUUGCUAAUGACAUGCAUUAUGUCAAAUUCCAUGCAUUUUUAUGUGUGGUCUUAAAGGCCUGAUACACGGUUUAAAACUGAAGUUUAAAACCGUGAGGAUAGUUGUUUUAUGCCAAAAAAUUAAAGGUCAAACCAAAUAUGGCUUAAAACAACUAUCUACACGGUUUGAAACUUAAGUUUUAACCCUUGUAUCAGACAUUUAACUGUUAAAUCUAUCGAAAGCA